GCAGACAACUGGCGUGUAGCGGACAGUCAAUAGUGGCAAGAUUCAUUACGUGUGAAAGUUUUAGAGUUUGCUCGAGUUUGCUAAUGGACUCGCAAGUGACUGUUUGAUUGCGUUCGAGACGGCGAACGAAGACAAAGAACAGUGAUAAGUCGCAUUUCCAAAAAUCUUGUCUCAUUCCGUCAUCAUAACUCGAUUUGAUUCGUCUGUUCGCUAUCACACAGCAUCGUAUAACCUUUGCAAAGAUGUCUCAUGAUCAUCAUAUAAUGAAUAGUACAGAAAACGCAUCCCACGGUAUGCACAUGGCUCAUCAUAGUAUAGACCAUGGUAUAAACCGUGGUAGUAUGGAUGAUGGCAGUAUGAACCAUGGAGGUAUGGACUAUGGGAGCAUGCAUCACGGUAUCGAGACUUCGACGGACAGCAUAUGCAGCGGCAUGGACAUGCACGGUAUGUCGAUGACGUUCCACACCGGCUACUGUGAGGUGGUGUUAUUCGAAAAUUGGAAGAUCUCAUCGAUAGGCGGUCUCAUCGGUUCGAUGAUUGGUAUCGCUAUUAUGGCUGCGCUCUAUGAGGGCUUAAAAUAUUAUCGGGAGUAUCUCUUCUGGAAGACGUACAACGCCUUGCAAUACAGGAGCGUUACGGUACCCAGUGAGAAGAAUGUGGUAGCCGAGGACAACCGGGUCGUUCAUAUGGUUGGCGAAGUAAUCCACAAACAACCGCCGACUAUGAUGUCCUGGAUGCAUCUGUUUCAAACAUUUCUGCACAUUAUACAAAUCGUCCUGUCUUACUUUUUGAUGCUAAUCUUCAUGACUUAUAAUGUCUGGCUGUGCUGUGCCGUGAUAUUGGGUGCCGCCAUUGGUUACUUCCUGUUCGGUUGGAAGAAAUCAGUGAUCGUAGACGUUACGGAACAUUGUCAUUAACAUUUAGUAAAUUGCUCUGGUUUACUCCUUUUAAACUGUUUUUUGCGCGAAAGUACGCGCACGACUGCAUUCUGGCGGAAAUG